UCCGAGGCCGAGGAGUGUCGAGUGUCUGCUUUCACGAAGCGGGUCAGUCUGCGUCCGUGCACCGCUGCUCCGUUCUAGGAAUCUCGCUGCUCGAGCAUCGCCAGGACGAUGUGAGGACCAAGGCGGUGGCUCUUUUUCUCCUCGCGCCUCCCGUUGGCGCGUCCCAUCCGCACGAGAAACGUCCGCGUCGGCGAGCCCUGGAAGAUGCUGGGAGACGAUCCACCGUCCCUAUCGGUGGGUACGGAAGUUAGCGCCAAGUAUAAGGGUGCCUUCUGCGAAGCCAAGAUCCGUAAGGUGGUGCGAUUAGUGAAGUGCCGCGUGACUUAUAAACAACAGGGUUUGGGAACCGCAACUCUUUCCGACGAGCUAAUAAAAGGGACUUUAAGAGUGGGAGCAUCUGUCGAAGUUAAACAUGCGGAACGGAAAGAAUAUGUUGAAGCUACAAUUACGAAAAUCCAAGACUGCAGUCAGUACACUGUGGUCUUCGACGAUGGGGAUAUUACUACUCUGAGGAGGACUGCGCUUUGCUUGAAAAGCGGACGGCAUUUUGCGGAGAGCGAAACGUUGGACCAACUCCCACUGACUCAUCCGGAGCACUUUGGGAAUCCUGUAAUCGGGGGGAGAAGAGGUAGACGAUCAAGGCAAGCGCAGGACGAAAGCAGUGAAGAUGAAGACAGUCCACCGCGAGGUACCCACGAUUCCGCCUCCAAUGGAGGCACGAAGGAGGGGAUGGAAACUGAGCCAGAAAUUGGCAAAGUGGUUUGCGUGGAACUUGGUGACAAGAAGAAAAAGGACAAUUGGUUCCCAGGACUAGUGGUUGCACCUACUGCUCAAGAUACAGUCAGGAUACGAGUGAGGGACGAUUACCUGGUGCGCUCGUUUAAAGAUGCGAGAUAUUAUACAGUACCCAAGAAGGAAGCCACAGAAUUCACCAAAGAGUUGGUUAAUAAAGUUGAAAACAGCACCUUAAAGGUUGCAGUUGAGAAAGCACUUCUAUUCCUGGAGAAAAAUGAAUUACCGCCUCACUGGGACAAGGAUUCUCUGUUCGGGAAUUCUGUUUCCAGUGGAAAUAGCGACUACGAUGGAGAACUUGACUCUGAUAGUUCCGAUGACGAACCGCGCGAGGAAAAAGACCACUUUGUGGCUCAACUGUACAAAUUUAUGGAUGAUCGUGGAACGCCUAUGAAUGUUUGUCCAAUGAUCGGAUCCGAAGAUAUAGACUUGUAUAGGCUUUUCCGGGCUGUUCACAAAUUGGGCGGCUACAAUCGCGUCACGAAUCAGAAUCAAUGGAAAGCCGUAACGCGACGACUUGGUUUAAUGAUGCAAAAUUCCGGGCCCUUAUACAAUCUCGUGAAACAGGCUUAUAAGAAAUACCUGCAUCACUUUGAAGAUUUUUACAAGAAAUUAGGCUGUACCAUGGUAAAUCACCCGCGAAGUAGCACGCGAAAACAACGCUCUGGAAGAAGCCUAAUUCGCGAUAAGGACAGAAAUACCCCUGUACCGCCGCAACCACCGGCGCAAGUGAAGAGUGACAAGGAUGAGGAGGAGAAGAAGGUUGUGGACGAAGAGAAGAAAGAAAAAAAGGAAAGCAAGAAAGAACCGGUGAAGGAAGAGGAGAUUGUAAAAAUAAAGAAGAAGGAAGAAUCCGAGGGGAACGAUAGCAGUCAGGAGAGCGACGUAAAUAUAGAAGGGGACAUUGAGACGUCAUCAUCUAAUAAUGAAAAAUCGCAAAAACCAAUCGUACAAGCUUCUACGUCGUCCCCUGCUUCUAUCAGCGCGUCGUCGACAUCCGCCGCAUCGUCCGGCCGAGCCAAGUCCAAGAGUAAAGAGGACACCAAGAAGAAAACGGCCGAAAAGAAGAAGACGGAAACGAAAAAGCAAGAGAAGAAAGAUGAUAAACUCAAGGAAGAGGAAGCCACCAAGACGAGAUCCAAAGCGAAGGACGAUACUGUCAAGAAUAAAGGUACCUCCGAAGGAAGGGAAACUCGAACACCGUCCAGAGAAGGGGAAAAGAAAACGUUGUCGAAGCAGCGACGCUUAACAGACGAGGAAUUGAAGAAGCGAGGAAGGAAACGCAAGGAAUACGAAGCGGAAAAGUCGCGCGCGGAUGAACAACUUACGGAGACUGCCCCGAGUUACAAGGGUCCCGUCGAGUGUGGCGAUAAGUUGAAGGUGUAUUACGGCCCAACGCACGAAUCCAAAGUUACUUACGAAGCGAAGGUCAUCGAGAUUGAGAAGGAUGGUCCAGAACCGAUGUAUCUCGUGCACUAUACAGGCUGGAAUACAAGAUACGACGAGUGGAUCAAAGCGUCCAGAAUCGCCCAGAACUUUACCCAAGCUCAAGGUAGAGUGAAACGGAUCAAGGCUACCCCUAGGCCUCAAACCCCCAGCACAAAUCUGUCCAACAACAUUAGCAAUAAGAUGAAAGGCACUUGCAGUUCGGGUGCCAAUGCGUCCCAAAGCCGUCGCCGAGCACAGAGCGUGGCUCCUACCUCCAAUAGCGUUGCUCAGUCAACCUCGACGUCCGCGAAGGAAGUUAAGAAGGAGGAGAAGGAGAAGGAAACGAUGCAGCCGACUAGGUCUACCACACCGCUCUCCAUUACCAGUUCCAGUUCCAGGACCAAGAGUCCUGCCACGCCUGCUAACAGGCAAACGAGAAUAACCAGGAACGCGGAGCUGUCUGGCAUGGAGCAUCGGAGGCGCACCAGAAGAACCUCGGGACACACGGACAUAUCUGUCGCGUCGGAGACCGAGGACAGCGAGGCUUACGAAUCCGACACGACCGAGACUGAACAGACCAAGACCAGGACAAGAGGCACGGAAGAAAGGAAACGGAAAGAGACGCGGAGCAGAGCGGAAGAGAGAAUGAAAGCGGAAGACAUGAGCGACGGUGAGGACGACAAGGACAAUCUGGAUGAACCGCGUAAAGGUAGACGUUUGAGAAGAACACCUGGCAAGUCCCAAGGCAUUAAAUCCGAACCUGAUAGCGAUCAGGAGGAGCAACCGAAAGGUCGCGACUUCGACCUCAAUCAGAUACGAUCCGAGCUGAAGGGUUUCGACAAAGCGGUUAAGGAGUUGGUCAGGAUAGAGCCCGAGCCCGAGGACGAGGUGAAACUGGAAGAGAAAGACACCGUAGUCGCGAUCGCGGCGUCACCCAAGCUGGAGAAGACCAUCGAGACUCCGAAAGUGGAAGCUGUCGUCGAGACGAAAGUCGAGAGCACGGAAGAUAUCUACGAGUUUAAGGAACCGGAACCGUUCGAGUUCGAGGUGAGGAACAAGAGGGACACGAGUGGCGAGAAGGAUAAGUCGAAGAAGAGGAUAUUCGAGGAGGAGCCCAAGAGUCCAAAGAAGAAACAAAAGAUGCCAACCGCGAUGCCGGUGCUGAAAGAAACGAAGCCACCGGAGACCCCGGACCCUGAUUCUCGGAAGAAACCCAGGAAGUUAUUCGGUAAGAGAUCCGAGGAUGUGAGCGAGGCUGCGGUGGUGGCUGCUCCCAGCAGCAAGCCCACUCAGCUCCCGUCUUACAUGGCCUGCGAGGACGUGUUCAACAAAUUUUGCGAGUCCACGUCGUCGUUUAAUCAAUUAAAAUCAAUAACCGCUGUAGAGGAACUUCCCAAUAAGAUGUCUGGCUGCAUCAGUCUUCUGUUCAACGAUCUGCCCGCGGAUGACGAAGGCACCCGGGACGAUUCGGAAGAUCGUCUGAUAAUAUCCGAGACCGAGGUCUCGGAGGCGGAACAGGACAACGUGUUUACGACUUAUCAACAGGAGAUCCAGUUCCACAGCAGCGGCGAAUUGACGGACGUGGCCGAGUCUAAGAAGAACGAGACGACCCCCGCGAUUGAAUGCUCGAAGGAGGAGGCUGGCGCGAUAGCCAGCAUCAGUACUGGUGGCAACAAACCCCCCAGUUCGCUGGAUCAGAAACAGAACCAGAUCAAGCUGUUGCCUGCACCUGGACAAUCGCAGUCGGAAUUGAGGCUGGACACGAAGCUACUCGAUAUCACCCCGGUUGCGUCGCCAAUCGUGACUCCUCCGGCUCCCAUAAGCGCGAGAUUGCCGGCCACGUCCACGAUAGAGGAGAAAUUGUCGGCCGCUGCCAUGGCGUUCCGCAACAAGGCCAAGGACCCCAAGAAGACCUCGGACGAGGACACGUCCGACCUCGGGCGCAAGAUAAUCAAGGACUCAUCGAAGAAACUAGACGUUUCGCAAAGAAACAAAGAUGUGGAUCGCGGUAUCACUGUGGUGGAGAUAGACGACAAGAAGCAGGAGGAGCUGAACGUGAAAGAUCCCUGCAGAGAGAUGAUGCGCAUGACGAUUAAGAAGGAGGAGGAGGUGCAACAGCUGAAGCCAAAGAAGGAAAUAGAACUGAAGAAGUUCAAAGAGGAGACGAAGAUCACUGCUGAGCACAAGAUGAAGCAGGACGUCGCGAGGGACGAGAGUUGGAAGGGUGUCGACAGCGAGGGUGCUAAACAACCCGAAGAAGAGUACAAUAAAGCGAGCGAUCAAAAGGCAGAAAAGGACAAACUCGAGACUCGCAAGAAACAGAUAAAUCAGGACCACAUUAUCGACUCUACAGACAGCAGCGACUCGGAACAGAGGCUGGUGAUAGACAACGAGGAGUCGCAGGACGUUAAAGUCCCGACGUCCAGCUUCGACGUGAAGCUCCAGGCGGAAUUGGAUCGUAUCCAGACCACGCAAGACAGAUAUACGAGGACGCAGCUCUCGUUGAAGGCUUCGCAGGGUGUCCAUCAUCAGCAACAGCAACAGCAAGACUGUGCAGAACUCAAGGUCGACGCGACCCCGGCUUCAAAGACUGACGAGGAGGGCGAGACGAUGAAUUCCCUGCUGUGCGAAGAGGAGAUACCCGGCUCGCCCGCUCCCCUAUCCGAGAGCAUCGAGCAGGUCAACGUCGGUCCCUGUAGCCCGCCCAAGAGCGAGGUCACCGAGAGCAGCAUAGUGCUGAUGGAGAUGCCCUUCGCGAGCGCCCCAACCUCGGGCCAAAGCACGACCAGCAGCAGCAGCACAGUCGCCACCCUCAGCAUGGCCCUUCCAAAGACCGUGGAAGCCUCGAUACCGGUCUCUCUACCGAUGCAGCAAAACUCAGCUUUAAGCAUGCGACAGCCACAGCAACAGCAACAGCAACCUCACCAUCAUCAGCAACAUCAGCAUCACCAGCAUCAGCAACAGCAUCACCAGCAUCAGCAACAUCAGCAGCAGCAUCACCAGCAUCAGCAACAGCAUCACCAGCAUCAGCAACAGCACGUGCCGGUUCUGAUGCCGCCGCAGCGACGAGAGAGCAACGAAGCUGCGCCAGUGAUGGACAACACGCCACCGACAACCCCUGACUCGAGUAUCUCCAACAUCUCGGGCUCGCCGAGGGAGGAGAGGACUGGUGGCUCGUCACCAAUCUCUGAGGACAUCAAGCUCAAUCGCGACAGCUCCGAGCCAGACAACGACAGCGCUGGGAAAGGUCCAGGCUUCAGCGAGGACGACACUUUGCCCAAUUCUGAGGGCAAUGGCGCGGACAGGAUCCUCAAGCCGCCGGCCAAGCGCUCGAUCGACGACAUGCAGUCGCCCAAGAAGCGCAAGAGGAACCGAAAGCACUCGGAAUGCGGUGCUGGCGGUGCUGCUUUACCCAAGAAAUCCGGGAGACAGACCGGAAGGCAUGGGAGGUACGGGGCUGGGAGCGACAGCGACGACACCAGCGAAGGGUCUAAUCUCUGCGGGGUCAACAACGCGCCGGCCAGUCACGCCAACGCUAUCACCAGCGUCCCUGAUCUUAGUACAUACUCGUCCAGGUCGCCCAGACCGACAAAGUAUAACUUUUACGUGGAACUAGAUCCUGAAUUGGACGGCAGCCAAAGGAUAGCUGUGCUCCAGCAGAAAUUGACCGAAUUGAGGAAGACUUACAAUGCUGUGAAAGUCGAGCUCGCUGCUAUAGAAAGACGUCGAAAGAAGCUACGGAGACGGGAACGAGAAGCGAUGAAAGCAGCUAAGGCAGAAAUGCAGCAAGCUUGCUCGUGAUAAACAGUGUUGAGAAAAAGACAUUCUUUCCUCGUAAGUGAAAUUUUCGUAUUCGACUUUCAGAGAUAAGUUAGCAAGCGUCAACACGGGCAUCAUGCAAUCAUGACAACUUUUACCUACGUAGGUGUCGUUUUAGAUAAUAUUUGCUUUCGAACCCUUUCCUUUAUUAAUGCCUUGUAUUAAUAAAUUGUAGAUAUAGUCGUAAGAUUUAGAACGAUGAGGAUAUGCGUCUAUCAGAGGGAUGUACAUUCGUGUAUGAUGUAAAUAAGUACCUUAUCGUUUCAAGUUUCGUUCACUGAACUGACUAAAAAAAAAUUCUUAUCCUUUGUCACCUGCUCAGAUGCAAAGUACAAAUUAUCAAAACCGAUGAUCGUUUUUCAGGCAUUAUUCACUUCUCUUUUCUCGUUACAAGUAAAAGAAGAUCGUUAUCAAUAGUUAUUGAUAAACACAUCUUGGGAACAAGUAAUUAACUAAGCCGGCUAUCAUUUCUCCAUUUCUCGAGCACGGUCACGUCGAUUGCGGUUGAGCUGUCUUCACAAGGCAUUGAAAAAGAUAAAGUACACGGGAAGAGUCCCAGUGACAUCGUGCAAGCAUUGUGCAUAGUUAUAUAGUGUUGUAGGAAAAAAUGUGUAAAUAUUAAAGAUUAAAGUAAAAAAUUGCGAGGCAUUUGCGACGAUCACAUCACGUGUAUGUUGUACGUAUAUAUAAAGAAUAUAUUAUCGUUUAAAUAAUAUACAGGGUGUCCCAAAAGUCCCGGACCGGUCGAACAUUUCAUAAACUAUGCACUUUAG